UGCUUCGAUCCGUUUGCUCUCAACUUGCGAUCGAUUCCUUCAGUCGUUCAAAAAAGAGGGGUUGCUUCGUUCUUUCUCCGACGACGCCCUUCUUUCGUCACUGUUCAUACCCACUGGAUUGCCUUCCCUAACAUCGUCUCCCCUCUCUCCCCUUCCAGUCUAUCCUUUACAACCUCACUCUCUUUAUUCUCCGCCAAUCCUCUCCGUUCCCUUUCCGAUCACCAUCCCGAUCCUUUAUCAGGCUCAAUGCUUCGACUGCCGACCGGUUAAUCACGCUCCAGUCUGCGCGCUGGCGGGGAUUGCGUUACCGUGACACCCCCCUACUUCCACUGCUACAUGCAGAACAAUCCCAACGCUCUCUUUUUACUUUGCCCGGUACAUUUUAGUUGAGAAAGACGGACCAACUGAAUUCUACGUGGUUGUGACACCUAUCUCCGGUCUCCGUGCUUUCCGUAUAAUUUUAAAACUUUAACCCGACCGUUCACCACCAUGGCCGAUCUAAUUGCUUUCCAUACCUACUAUUCACGCCAUAGCUUCCUCUCCCCGUCGACAAUGAUUCCGCGUACCAACAACCACAAGCGAUCCAAUUCCUCCGACAACAGGGCUCUUUCCCCCGAUAGGACCCUUACGAAAGCCAGGUCGGCAAAUGACCUUUCCGGAGUCGCAGCCGGUAAACCCGUGCCAGCGGUGCGCUCAACAAGUGUUGGGAACUUUCCGGAGAGUGGAUUCAGUACCCUGAAAGACCCGAGACUCUUGAGCAGUCCAGUAGAGACAGAGCCAUCGGGGUCACCAUCCCAUCAUCCGGACCUGAGUAACGAAGUUGCUGCUUUAAGCGUGAAACUGGUCCAGGCAAUCAACAAUCAAACAACCCUGGACGAUACAUUGGUUGCCACCCGUCAGGAACUCGAACAAGCUCAGACCAAGAUCCGGGCCCUAGAGUCGGAGAACGAAAAAUAUCGGCGGGAUAUCGAUCAGGAAGUCCUGAUUAAGAAAGCCGACAUAGACUAUGAGAUCUUACGACUAAAGGCUGCAUUGGCAGACGAAAAGGCACAGCGCGCCCUUGUCGAAAAAGAGAAGAAGGGUAUUGAGCAAGAGCUCGAGACGCUUACCGCCGCCCUCUUCGAAGAAGCUAACAAGAUGGUAGCUGCCGCUAAGCUUGAGCGUGAGGCGGUAGAGAAGAAAAACGAACAGUUGCGUGCUCAAGUAAAAGAUACUGAAUCUUUACUUGCGUCCCACCAAGAGCAACUGGCAGAACUCAAGUCUGUUUUGCAGGAGAUGAACAUUACCAAAGAUGACAUCGAGGCCCGUACGAUUGGGUCUACCGCAUCAGCAUCUCCGGCGAAGCAGCAGCAGCAGACUCCAACAAUCGUCAAACAAAGUGCGGACUCACCCGAGCUUUCAGAACCGGCCCCCAUCCAAGAAGAAUUAGUCCCAGGUCCCUCCACUAGUUUCCCCCAUCUGAUCCGGCCUAUAUGUCGAACAGAUAUCCAUGCAUUCGAAGAGUUUAAGGAAUUAUUCACCUUGUCUAGCGUCUCCAAACCGCCCAGCCGUGCCACGAGUGGAUCGUAUACCGGCUUAAAUGUUAUGAGCUUAGCCGCGGGUUUCAGCAGUGGUGGGUUUGGAUCUGCGUCGUCGUCACCCGCUAAAUCCCAACCCCACUCUCCUAAUGGAAGUAUCUCCUCGCCGCAACCAGCGAAUUCGCAUGCUCCUCUGAAGGAAACGCGUUUCUACAAGCGUGUGCUGAACGAAGAUAUCGAGCCAACGCUCAGGCUUGAUGCAGCCCCUGGGAUUUCGUGGCUGACACGACGUUCGGUCCUGAGUGGUAUUUGUGACGGAAGUCUUGUGGUCGAGCCCAUGCCGGCAUCGGCGAAGAAAUACGAAUUCCCUUGCUCACUUUGUGGUGAGCGCAGACCGGGUCCUGUCAAUGAGAGAACCCACCGUUUCCGGACGUCCGAUAGUGAGACGGCUCAACGAUACCCCUUAUGUGUCCUCUGCCUAGAGAAAGUUCGUUCUUCCUGCGAAUUCACUGGCUAUCUCCGUCUUAUCCUUGACUCGCAUAUCCGUGCUGGCGACACGGAAGACGAAAAGGAUGCCUGGGAAGAAACAGUUCGUUUGAGGGAGAGAAUGUUCUGGUCCCGCAUUGGGGGUGGUAUUGUCCCCAUUUUCGCACAACCUAAUGGCUUGGAAGGUCAUACAUGUGCCAAUGAACAGAACCCAGAGCCUGUGGCUAUCGGCCAUAGCGACAACCAAGGCGAUAUCUCCCGUGAGGUCAAAGAAGUCCUAGCCACGAAUAGCAAUGAUGACGAUGAAUUGAACGAUCACGACCCACGCAGAGCGUCUUUGAGUGAUGAUCCUUUUGAGUCUGCUGCCUCAGCAUCUCCAGUUAGCAGCACGGCAGUCUCAGCGCCGUAUGAUGACAGCGAAGAUCAGAAAUAUGGCAAAGACGAGAUUUUCGAACAGCCCAUUGAGCAAGCAAAAGCCUGCACGAUUGCCAACUCUGGCGAUAACGAGGACCCCAAAAUUGUGCUUCAGCCAGCCGUCAGCCAGGCUGCUGUCACCAGCUGCGAAAAAGAUGAUGCGCAAACUCCUGCAGCUCAGAACCGCCAGCAGUAAUGUCUAGGAGACCACGACAUAUUUUUCCUUUUCCACAUUAUCCCCAUUUACUUUUUCCCUCUAUAUUACCUUUGACACUGAUUCUCUUCCAACCGAUACCUAAUUCUUCACUGGUUAUAUUUCGACCACUCACGGAGCUGUCUUGAAUCUGUUGAGACUUGUAUUAUUAUUGAUAAUAUGUACCUAAUGCUUUUUUUCUCUUUGUCCUUUUUUUGGUGCAUACUUAAGCUUAUUAUUCUCU